ACAGGCAAAACAGAUCCAGUCUCCGCAAAAUUGCGCAGUUGAUUUUGUACCCCAAAGGCGACUGUACAGGAGGUCAUAUUAUUCAUCUGCAUUUGUAUCAGUGCCUAAAUAGGACUUAAAGCGCAUUCAUGGCGACAAAUGAUUAUGCCCAAACUUCAAAUCAUGGCUAUGGUGGUUAUGGAGGACAGUCCAGUCAGAGUUACAGUCAACCUUCUGGCCAGAGCUACAGCCAACAGAGCUACAGAGGAUGUUACAACCCGAGCUCAGAGAGCAGCUCUUCUCCUCAUAAUCAGGGUGGAUAUGGCUCCAACUAUGGACAGUCCCAGUCAGGUGGAUAUGGGUCUCAGCCCCCCUCUCAGUCCAGUCUGUCCUAUAGCUCUGGAGGCUAUAGCUCCAGCAGCCAGCCUCCACCAGCUCAAAGUGGAGGAUUCAACCAGCAGUCCUCUUACUCUGGCUAUAACCAGCAGCAGUUUUCCCCUUCUUCUACCUCUGGUAACUACGCCACUAACUCCAAGUCAUCUGGCUAUGGGCAGCAACAGCAGCAGGGUGGGAGUGGUUAUGGAAGUCAGAGUGGUGGUUAUGGUGACAGUGGGGGGCAAAGUGUUGGAUAUGGGGGUAGUGGGGGCCAACACCAGUCCUCUAAGCAUGGAGGAGCGCUUUACAACCAGUCCCCUAACUACAGUUCUCCACCACCUCAAAACUAUGGGCAACAAAAUCAACACGGACAGGGAGGUUACAAUCAGGAUUCCCCACACAUGAGUGGUGGUAGUGGAGGAGGAGGCUAUGGUGGUCAGGAUGGCAGAUAUGGCCAGGAUGGUAGAGGUGGACGUGGCCGUGGAGGUGGUGUCUUUGGAGGUCGAGAGGCGGGUGGGUUUGACAGAGGUGGUCGUGAAAGACCUCGGGGCAGAGGAGGAAUGGGAAUGGGCGAUCGAGGAGGAUUCAAUAAGUUUGGUGGGCCCAGAAAUCAUGGGGCUGGUGGGCCCAGCAUGGAGGACCAGGAUAACUCUGACAACAACACAAUCUUUGUGCAAGGUCUUGGAGACAACUAUACUGUGGAUUCAGUAGCAGACUUUUUCAAACAGAUCGGCAUUAUCAAGAUCAAUAAGAAGACAGGGUUGCCCAUGAUAAAUCUGUAUGCAGACAGAGAGACAGGGAAGCUGAAGGGAGAGGCUACUGUUUCCUUUGAUGACCCCCCUUCUGCAAAAGCUGCCAUUGAUUGGUUUGAUGGUGCGUUGAAACUGACCAUAUUAGAGCAGACAUCAGCUGCCUUCCUUGACAGUAAAGAUUUCAAUGGAAACCCAAUCAAGGUGUCAUUUGCCACUCGUAGAGCUGAUUUUGGGCAAGGAGGUGGAAGCAUGAAAGCCAGUUGUGGUCGAGGAGUGCCGAUGGGCCGUGUGGGAUUUGGGGGAGGCCGAGGUGGUAGUGGUGGUUUCCCAGGCAACAAUGGAGGUGGUGGUGGCCAGCAGAGAGCAGGGGACUGGAAAUGUUCAAACCCAUCAUGUGGUAAUUUUAACUUUUCUUGGAGAAAUGAGUGUUAUCAGUGCAAAGCUUCCAAACCUGAGGGCAGUGGAGGUGGAAUGGGAGGUUAUGGUGGGGAUAGUGGCAGAGGGGGUUUCGAUCAAGGUGGCUUCCGUGGUCGCGGUGUUGAUCGAGGGGGCUUCAGAGGAGGGAGAGAAAGUGACAGGGGAGGAUACGGACCUGGCAAGAUGGACUCAAGGGGUGAGCACAGACAAGACCACAGAGACAGACCUUACUGAUGAGAAAUUCUCGUUUGUCCAAAUCAGAUGAUAAUUUGAUGUGGGACCAGUAUGCAUUCAAUCUCAACACUUUAAAAAGUAAUCCUUGUUACUCAUGUUUUUUGUUGUAAGUUGUAAAAAUAAGUGUUAUUGUUUUAGUUCUGGUUAAACAGUUUUUUAUUUUAUUUUUUUUAUAAACCAUUCUCUCUCUAUUCUGAAUAUGAUAUUCUUAAAUAUAAAUGUUUUCUCUCUGAUCUUGUUGUUUAGGUCACAGUAGUAGUAUGUGUGCUGUUUAUUACACGCUUCUUUCUUUGAUAUUUUUGAAAACAUGAAAUUGUGGUUUAGAAUUAAAAACAUUUGAAAAGUAGAAA